AUGUACACCUACACUCCCACCCACCGUUUCCUGGUCCUCUCGGCCACUGAGCAGGGCCCCUACAACCCCAGCAACAAGUUCCUGGUCUUGUCGCCGACGGAAUACGGCCCCGACCCUCGCACCUGGGAUGACCAGCCCCAGCCCGAAGCCAGCUCCUCCCUGAGCCCGGACAUGGUUCCUGCCCAUGUUCGGUCUAACAGUUCCUCUUCGACCUCGUCGACGGGCUCUCGGUUCAAUGACAUUGCUGCCACACUUCCCAACGGCUUCCUCUACCUCGGCCACCCCAAGUCCAAGCCGGCCUUUUAG